AACACAGAAAACAAAGCAAGAAAGUGAAGAAACCAGAGACAAUCACAUGAACCCUAACCUAAACCCCUGAGAAAUUAUUGAAAUUGAUGCAUGGCGGAACUGAACACUCUGGUGGUGCGAAAGCCAUGUUUUGGCCUUCCAACCGGUUGCACUCAAUCCCUCUCUGCCUACAUUUAUCUCAAAUUCGCCCAAAUUCCCUUCCAAUUGGACUUCCACCUCAACAACCCUCAUUCUGAUCAAAUUCCUUACUUUGAGGUUGAUGACUCUGUGGCUUAUAAUAAUGAGAAGGAGGGGAUCAUUGAGUGCUUGAAGAAAGAUGUUGGGGUUGUUGAUUUGGAUAGUGGGGUUUCUUCACUCCCUGAGUGGAUUUCAACCAAAGCAAUUCUCACCACUUGGCUUGCUGAUGCACUUGCCUAUGAACUCUGGCUGGGGUGUGAAGGUUCCUCUGCUUAUAGCAUCUAUUACUCUGAUCUUCCUUGGCCAUUGGGGAAGAUUCUCUCUUGGAAGAAAGCUAUUUGGGUAAAGCUGAAACAUGGGAUAACUAAUGACAAUGCUGAAGUGAAAAAAGAAGAGAUUUAUGAGAGAGCAAAGUCUGCAUAUGAGGCGCUGUCAAGUUGCUUAGGUGAACAGAAUUACUUAUUUGAGAACAGGCCAUCAAGCUUGGAUGCUAUUUUUCUUGCACAUGGACUAGUUGUUCUUCAUGCUUUACCUGAAUCUUCAAUGUUGCGGAUCAAGUUUUCAGAGCAUGCUAAUUUAGUUAGAUAUGUGCAACAAUGUAAGACAGAACUUAUAGAUGCAGCUCCAUCUCCUUCCUCUGCCCCACAAUUUCAUACUGAUGCAACAUCAUCUGCUUCUAAAAGUCAUUCAAGUUCAAAGCCGAAGAGUAAGCCCAAAAGGGAGAAAACACAGGAGGAGAAAACCUUCAAAAGGAAGGCCAAAUAUUUUGUGGUAGCACAGUUGGUUGCAGUUGUUGUGUUCCUCACACUUAUGACUUCAUUUGAUGAUGCUGAAGUGGAGUUAGAUGAUGAUGAUGGUAGUUAUGAUUACGAUGAAUGAAAUUGCAUUCAUUUGUUUAUCUUCCUCAAUUAAAAGUCAAGGCUGCCUCCAACCUAAAUAAAACAAGUGUCUCUUGUUCUUUGUUACAAUGCAAAAUUGGAAAAUUAUCAUUCAUUCUAAUUUUUACUAGUUAUAAGAUCCAUAUUUGUAUAGACGAGUGUUAAACAGAUUGUUGUUGUCACGUGAGGCAAAUCAUGGAAUGAGUUCUUUGAAUCAUUUUCAGAUUUUU